GUCAAUUUUCAAUUUUGUCAAGAGUUUCGAUUUCGUUUUAUGGCUGCAAACUUACGUUGUUUUCAGAUUGCGUUUCUUCUGCUGUCGCUUGUCUCUGUCGUUACGUCAUCAUACGUCAACGACUUUAACGAGCCUCUGCUCUUCAAAUGUCCAAAAGGGAUGUCCAUUGCUUCUUGGGAAAGCUAUCAUGAGAACUCUCCUGAAGACAGACGCCACAGGUUCACCUGUAAGACGACACGAGGACUUGGGAAAUGUCAGUGGUCUGGUUAUGUGAACCAGUUUGAGCAACCAGUAUCUUUCCAAUGCCCCAACAAUGGCGUCAUUAGCGGUGUGAGCAGCAUUCACAGCAACGGUCCCGAAGACCGGCGCUUUGAUUUCUACUGCUGCUCCUUGAGAUGUGAACAGUUGGUGCAGUGUCAAGGCACUGGCUAUGUCAACAAUUGGGAUGGAUACCUCAACUUCUUAGUCCCCGUUGGACGUUUCUUAAAGGGGGUGUCCAGCGUUCACCACAACGUUCACAAAGACAGGCGCUGGGCAUUUGAAACCUGCUUGAUUCGCUGACAAAAUCGUCGCAACACUCAAUAUGCUGUAAAACCAGUCAAUAAAUGCUGCAGAACGUA